AUGAUAAAACGCAGGAGAUCUAAUCACUCAAAAUGUAGUAGAAAAUUAACUUCCGUUGGAGCAAUGGCUGGAGGGCUGAUUAAGCUGUGGAAUGAGUGGGCAACCCAAAUCCUCGUACUACUCAGCUUUGCACUACAGAUUUUCCUCUUUCUCUUCGCUAGGACUCGUCGGCGUGGACCCUCCGCCGUGCUGAAGAUUCUCCUCUGGCUGGCAUACCUCAUGGUCGAUUCAACCGCUGUCUACACCCUUGGGCAUCUUUCCAUCAGUGGCUCGUUGCACGAGCAUGAGUUGGUGGUGUUCUGGGCGCCCUUCCUUCUUGUGCAUCUGGGUAGCCAGGACACCAUCACUGCCUAUGCUCUCGAGGACAACAAGCUCUGGCCACGCCACCUGCUAAAUCUUUGUGUCCAAGCCUUUGGGGUUGCUUAUGUCCUCUAUAAGCAUAUCGCCGAGAUCCCCACCUUGUUGGGAUUGGCUACCAGCUUGAUGUUUGGCGUCGGUCUCAGCAAGUACGGGGAGAGGAUAUGGGCACUCAAGUGCGCCACCCUGGACAGCAUCCGGAGCUCCAUCAGAAAACCUCAUGCUCUCCCUACUUACUCCGAUGAGCUUCAUCCCCGGGUACCAAGAAGGGCAAAAGAGCGCGAUGAAGAAGAGCUCCUUCUGUUUUCUCAUGACAUGCUCCCCCUUUGCAAGGGCGCUAUGGCUGAUUCUCCUGUGGCUUUGUUUAGGUUCCAAAUUGCAACUGGUGCGAUCUCAUCCAAAUUUUAUAUACCGAGUUGGAAAUGGAAAACUACUCUCAGGGUGGUGGAGAUGGAGUUGUCCCUGAUGUAUGAUGUUAUCUACACCAAGGCAGCGGUGAUCCACACUUGGUAUGGCUACCUGUUUCGUCUGGUUUCGCCCCUGGCAACUGUUGGUGCAUCCAUACUUUUUCAGUUAAGUGGCAAUAAAAAUGGUUACAGCAGAGUCGAUGUUGCCAUCACUUACAUCUUGUUGGUUGGUGCCUUCCUGCUGGAUAUGGCGUCAGUAUUCAGUACUUUGGGGUCGACCUGGACAUGUAAUUUCUUGUGGAGAAGAGGUUGGACCAAGCUUGGUAAUGUCAUUAUGUCCCUCCGCCGGCUUGUCAAGGCUGCGGCAGGCAAUAGAGGGUGGUCAGGCUCCAUUGGGCAGUUUAACUUGCUGCAUUUCUGCUCCCGUGACACAACAAAGCUAAUCAGCAGAGUGACCAAGAUGAUAGGGCUCGAGGAUUGUUGGAACAAAAUUCACUACUCUGAGACCCUAGUGAUUUCAGAGGAUGUCAAGGAGUUGGUGUUCCAAAGUGUGUGGCAAGUAGUGAAGGAGAUUCAUGACCCCGGAGUAAAGGAUGAGAUUCAGUCCCCACGCUAUGCGGGGGGGCAUAUGAUGCCAUGCGGCGAGAUAUACAAUUUGAGCUUUCAUCCCGAAUCAUUCGAAGAUACUAACAGGAGGCGUAUGCAAUUAUCCGAAGCUCUGGGCUUCGGUGCUGAACUCCAAGAAAUUAUCCUUACUUGGCAUGUCUUUACAGAUGUUUUCCUCUUGUGCAGCGGCACCCCCAAGAACAAGGAUGCAGCAUAUGGGAAGGCGAUCAAGGCAUUGUCAAAUUACAUGGUUUUUCUCAUUGCUAUACGCCCUGACACGAUACCCGGUCUCGAGCUACGCAGCCUAUAUGAAGCAACUCGCGAUUCAUUGGAUGAAGUAUGGAAUACGUGUGCUUAUGUAUUUGAACCCAGAUUUACCCCUCCCCCAGAAAAAAAAAGAGAGGGGAAACUUGCCCACGUCCUGCAAGGAGAUCUGGGCUGUAGGAUAGAUGGAAAGCCAAGCAUCAUUCUCCGGCGUGGAGUAAAAUAUGCCAAUCUGCUUCUCGAGCUGGUAGAUACACGGAAUCCUGACAAGUCGGGCAUCAUAUCUCGUCAUGAAGGUAUUGAUCGUGCUGGCAUGGAAAAACUGAAGGGGCGGUUGAUGCCAGAUCUGGAAUCCUCCUGCCGAGGUGGUGUGCUCGAUAUGACCAAAGCAUUGGCGCUCAUCCUGGAUGCAUGGGUGCGUCUGCUCAUCUUUGCGUCUGUCCGAUACAACAGAGAUGCCCAUGCCAGACAGAUGAACUGUGGUGGUGAGCUCACCACGGUCGUCUGGCUCAUGGAGCAACAUGCUGCCAUGUUUUUCAAGCCAUCUGCCGAAGAGGAGCAUAUCCGUUCACCAGAAGAUUCAGAAAAUGAGGAAAUUGAACUUGGAGGCGGACCUCACAUGGUCUAG